AUUUGACAAUAUUGUUGGGGGAUUUCUUUUCCGUUGCAUUGCAACAGAGGAAGAAAGACAAAAACGGGCGAGAGGGAGAGAGAGGAAAACAGAGUCAGUCUCCCAUGGUCUCGUUCCCUUCUUCUCCUUUUGCAAACUCCGGCGCUGGUACGAUUGCUGUGAAGCUUGCCGUCCGGCGAUAACCAACGAGAAUCGGCGAAUCGCAAAACGUCGUCGAUUCCCUCUGUAAUUUUACAAUCGGAAAUGAAGAAGAAGAAGAAGAACAGCGGUCAUCAUCAUCCUCAUCAUCACUACAACUGCCCCGCCGCAGCUCGUCUCCACCAGAUUUCCCUCAUCCUCCGCUGCCGCCGCGGCGGCCGCUAUCUCUUUCCGGUGAUCUCGGCUUUCUCCGCCUCGAUUCUCCUCUUCCUCGCCGCUUCCGCUCUCCUCUCCUCUCCGCCGCCUCUCAUCGAGCGCCGCCACCUCCUCCAGCUCCCUCGCCGCCAUUCCUCCUCCUCGUCAUUCUCCUACAGUGGAGCCAUGGAGGAGACGGAAGACGCGGCGUCCGGUACAUUGACGGCCUUCAGCGUCCCGGAGCGCGGCGGAAAUUUAGGCCACGACUUGUGGAGCUCUCCGUCGUCGGAAUUCUUCUACGGUUGCAGCAACGCCAGCGAUAAGUUCCAGACCGCUGAAAAGAAGACCCAACCGAAUCGGUACUUGUUGAUCGUCACCAGUGGGGGGCUGAAUCAGCAGAGAACAGGGAUAACGGAUGCAGUUGUUGCAGCAUAUAUCUUGAAUGCAACCCUUGUUGUUCCAACGCUGGACCAGGCAUCCUUCUGGAAAGAUUCAAGGUACGUCAAUUGCAAUGUGAUCCCAUGCAGCAAUUUCUCUGAAAUAUUCGAUGUGGACUGGUUCAUUUCAUCUCUUUCCAAAGAUGUGCGGAUCAUCAAGCAACUUCCAACAGAUGGUGGGAAGGUUAUCACCCCGCAGGCCAUGCGGGUUCCCAGGAAAUGCACACCAUCGUGCUACGAGACCAAAGUUCUUCCUGUCCUCAACAAGAAGCAUGCUGUUCGGCUAGGGAAGUUCGAUUACCGUCUCUCAAACCGGCUGGACACGGACUUGCAGAAGCUGAGAUGCAGAGUCAACUACCACUCCUUGAAGUUCACCGAUCCAAUCGUUGAAAUGGGUGAGAAGUUGGUUCAUAGAAUGAGAAGGAAGAGUAAGCAUUUCAUUGCUCUCCAUUUAAGGUUCGAGUCCGAUAUGCUCGCGUUCUCCAGCUGUGACUACGGAGGAGGAGACAGAGAGAGGGCAGAACUCGGUUCCAUUAGGCUGAGAUGGAAGAGCUUACACCAGAAGAACCCCGACAAGGAGAGAAGGCUGGGGAGGUGCCCGCUGACGCCAGAGGAAGUGGGGCUAAUGCUGAGAUCUCUGGGCUACGGCAGCGACGUUCACAUCUACGUUGCUUCAGGGGAAGUCUACGGCGGGGAAGAGACUCUGGCUCCACUCAAAUCCAUGUUCCCCAAUUUCCACUCGAAAGAGACCUUGGCUAGCCAGGAAGAAUUGGCUGCAUUCGCGCCCUUCUCUUCUCGUAUGGCUGCCUUGGACUUCCUUGUCUGCGAUGAAAGCGACGUCUUCGUCACCAACAAUAACGGCAACAUGGCCCGAAUCUUAGCCGGACGACGGAGAUACUUCGGGCACAAGCCGACGAUCCGCCCGAACGCCAAGAAACUGUACAAGCUCUUCUUGGGUCGCCGGAACUCGACGUGGGAGGAAUUCAGCGGCAAGGUCCGGUCGAGUCAAACUGGGUUCAUGGGGAUGCCGAACGAGGUGAAGCCGGGAAGAGGCGAGUUCCACGAGAACCCUUCUUCCUGCAUAUGUGAGACGUCCACGAGGAAUGAUAAUGCAGCUUCCCCUGAUGUGGGAAAGAAGAGAUAUACCGACGUCGGCGCCGGAGAUUACCGGUCGUCGGCGACGGAGGAUGAGCGGGAGCGGUACUAUUUUUCCGACUCGGAGACGGCAGUUCCCAGCGGCGGGUUGUCGCAGGUGACGGAACUCGACGACGAGGAGUUCUUUUCUGACUAGAAAUAUAUACCGGAGUUGCACGCUCGUCGAUCAUCGGGUUUUUUUUUCCCGCCGGCUUCUUGUUCAUGUAAAACAGAGGGAGCUAUGUGUCAGACUCUGACGCCGUGAGGUUGCCGGUAUACACAGCAGUACAGAAGGCCGUUAGAAAGAAUCCCUCUCUGCCGGUUUGUAUGUCUCUGUUUACUUUUUUACCUUGUUAAGUUUUUUACUUUUCCCUUGGGGUUAAUUAGCUAGGGUUUAUAUUCUUGCCGUAAGGCUGGAGAAUAUAGAUUAGUGAGGAGGGGAUCUUUUAGAGAGAGUGAAAAUGUUGAUUACAUACAUUUUACUGUGUAAAUUAAUAUAUUAUGAACACUAUUAUUGAGAUUUUAUGAUAUAAAUUGAACUCAUCAUUAGCACAUAGGUAACGUAUUCCAUCAUGUUCACGAG